AUGUUUGGAACCUCAAGAAUUGCAACAAAUUGUCUUCUUUUGAGACGCUCCUUGCAGUUUAAGACUUUCGACGGUUCUUCAAAUUCCUGUUUUAACUGUUUAUGUGGACGAAAGCUGCAUGUACCAUCUAGAAGCAUUUUAAUGUUGUCAUCAUCGAACUUCGGUUGUGGACGCCGCCAUGUUCGAACUGUUGAAGAAACAUCCAGGAAAUCUUUAUCAACAUUGACUCCCUCGCCAGAAGAAAGUCUUCUACUUUAUCGCUUUAAAUGGAUCAAACACUUACGCUUUAUAUCAAGAGUUAAGAUCUUACACGUAGCUGUUGUUUCUGCUCUCACGUGGCCAAUGAGCUACUGGUAUUCCAGUGGGAUUAUAUCUUUUCCAACUCUUGUUUGUGCUAUUGCAGGAGCUGCAGGCACAACCGCUGGGUUAGUUGCUCUAAGUUUUUUCUUCCGUCGAGUUGUUGGAGAGAUUUCAUUCCAUGAAGAUUCGCAAUCAGUGAUCAUUUCCAGCUUGACUUUUUGGGGGAAUCGACGCAAUAGAAUUCUUCCCCUGUCCAGCCUGGUUCCACUCUGCGACUCUGGAAUUGACGUGAAGAACACUUUUCACAGGUUAGAACUGUAUGAUUCCAAGGAUGUUUAUCUUCUGAACUUGCGGCAUUGCAAGAUCUUUGAUGAAGCUUUCUUUAGUGUCACUGGAUUGCAUGUAGACCAAACUGCAGCGACAUUGAGAAAAUAG